GUCCACUCAUUCAUUCAUUCAUUUACUAAUAGCUCACUGUUUAAUGUGUUUUUUUUUUUGGAUCAAUUUAGUAACUGAAGUCAAUAUUUGUGGCCAAUUGUAUUCAGUUAAGUGAAGACAAUUAUUGUGAGAGACAAUCAAUAACAACAUCCCAUCCGAUUGUCGGACCAAUUGAAAAGAUGGGCUCAAAGAUGGCACAAACCAAUUGGGAAAUGUCUAACAGCGUUGAGACCGUACAGAGUGUCGACGAUAUCUAUAAAUACAAUCGCAAACAACAACAGGACAUACUUACGGCUAAACCCUGGGAAAAGGAUCCACAUUAUUUCAAAGACAUUCGCGUCAGUGCACUGGCACUGUUGAAGAUGGUAAUGCAUGCCCGUAGUGGCGGUACACUGGAAGUAAUGGGUCUACUAUUGGGCAAAGUUGAUGCCAACACUAUGAUUGCAAUGGAUUCGUUUGCACUGCCCGUCGAAGGUACCGAAACCCGUGUCAAUGCUCAGGCACAGGCCUACGAAUAUAUGGCUGCCUAUACCGAAUCGGCCAAACAAGUUGGCCGACUUGAAAAUGUUAUCGGUUGGUAUCACUCGCAUCCCGGCUACGGUUGUUGGCUGUCGGGUAUCGAUGUGUCCACUCAGAUGCUUAACCAACAAUUUCAGGAGCCAUUCGUAGCUAUAGUGAUAGAUCCGACCCGUACUAUCAGUGCCGGUAAAGUCAAUUUGGGUGCCUUUCGAACGUAUCCCAAGGGGUAUAAACCUCCUGAUGAGGGCCCAUCCGAAUACCAGACUAUUCCUCUGAAUAAAAUCGAAGAUUUCGGUGUCCAUUGUAAGCAAUACUAUUCGCUGGACGUAACGUACUUUAAGUCAUCACUGGAUCACCGUUUACUCGACUCAUUGUGGGACAAGUAUUGGGUGCAUACACUCAGCUCAUCCAGUCUUCUCACUAACACUGACUACACGACUGGCCAGAUAUUUGACUUAUCCGACAAAUUGGAGCACUCGGAGACCCAGUUAGGUCGCGGAGGUUUUAUGUUAGGACUCGAUCCGCACGAAAAGCGUACAGAAGAUAAGCUGUCGAAGGCGGCCAAAGAUAGCUGUAAGACAACCAUCGAAGCUAUUCAUGGAUUGAUGUCACAGAUAGUAAAGGACACACUCUUCAAUAAAGUGGUUCCUUAAUUGAUUACUAUAUAAAUAUAUUGAAUAAUUAAACACAUAUUUAAUAAAAAAAUGUAUUGCAGUUUCAUUUGCAUCAAACAAAAUUUAAUACUGUUAUUAUACAGUACUUGAAAUAAUUUGUAAUUU